AUGGCGAAUGUGGAUUCAAGGGUGUAUGAAAUCAUCCGGGUAUCCAUGUUAGUAAAUGGUACUCCUACAAAAGAGUUUGCAGUGGAAAAAAAGGUGAGGCAAGCUGAUCCCCGUUCUCCGUUUCUCUUUGUCAUUGAUAUGGAAGGACUCAAUGUGUCUUUGAAGCCAGCUUGCAGCAAAGGUAUCUUUAGAGAAGUGCAACUUCCCAACAAUGGGCCGAUUAUCUCACACAUUCUGUAUGCAGAUGAUGUACUCUUUCUUGGAGAAUGGUCAAAGGGAAAUAUUAAAAAUCUAGCUAGAAUUUUGAGGUUUUUCCAUGUCUCAUAUGGAAAAGUGAACUUUAACACAUCCAGAGUGUUUGGGGUUGGUACCACAUUGGAAGAAACAUCUCGUUGGGCUAGGUCACUUUUGUGA